AUGGACUCGCAACUAUUGUGCUAUAUUUGCCGAAAGCCAGGACACUUCAAGGCGAACUGUCCUCAUCCUAUAGUGAGCAAGCAUCAAGAUAACAACACUGCCACAAGUCCUUCAAAAGAGACUGGAGAAAGAUAUAAAAGGAGCGACAAGUCCGAAUCAUCAAAAUCCAGAAAUGAAAGAAGAAGGAUGGCGAUGGUAGUAAACGAAACUUCUGACACAGUUGCAACCGAAAGUAGCUCCUCAAGUUCGAGCUCAGAAGACGAAAACACUGAUGAGGAGAAAGGACUGUUGUGCCUAUUCAGUCAAGAGUUAGACGAACUGUGCCUCAUGGCAGAUGAAGAUGAGAACGAUAUGCUAGUCAUUGCUAAGGAGCAACUUGAGAAAAAUGUUCUCGCUCUAAAGGAGCAAUGCACAGCAAGAGAAACGAGAGAGCAAGAACUGCUUGAAAAUCCAUCUGGAUAUAAAACAUCAAUCAAUUCAAGUCAAAGUCCUCAGCAACCUGUUGAUGAAGACAUCUCAGAUGAAGAAGAUAUACUUUCGACUUACACGAAAUAUCAGCUAAAGAUUUCAGAACCCGAACCUGCGUCUCAAGAAAUGGUUGGAACUCAACAGAAUGAUCCUACAAAUAUGAGUACAGGAAGCGAAAGAACAAUCACUGAAGCACAAGAAGGGAAAAGCGAAAUCCUCAAUGAUCCACUUGUAACCGAGCAAGAGUUUAAUCAAUUUCUUGAACAUUCUCAACACAUACAGAGUCUUCUCCGUGACACAACGGAAAAUGAGUCAAGAGAGUCAUUUCACUCUGUUGGCAACCCUAUAGGGUAUGUCAAGGAAGACAGUGUACUGGAACAAAGUGGUAGUUUUAACUCCUCACCCUCAAGCACUCCUCCUAAGAUGACAUCUCCUCUCAAAUCCACCGCAAGCAGCAAGAAAAAGAAGGCCUAA